AUGUCUCGUCUUGAGGCUAAAAAGCCUCCGUUAUUUAUUAGUGAACCUUUAACUAAAGAUGCAGUUAGUCAGUCACUGUCUCUACUGAGCGGGAUAUUAAAAUCUUGCUAUGGUCCUGCUGGUAGACUCAAACAGCUCCACAAUGGCAUGGGAGGCUAUGUUUGCACAACUUCACAAUCCUCAGCUAUACUCGGUCGUCUUUCUGUCAGUCAUCCUGUGUUAAGUGUUUUGACGGCCUCUGUACAGAACCAUAUAUCCCGCUUCAGUGACUGUGGCUUAUUUACUGCCAUUCUUUGCUGUAGUUUGAUUGAAAACUUUAAAAGCCUAAAUGUGGCACCUUGCACUGUCCUUAAAAUAAGCAAGCAUCUUUUGAGUUUGUGUAUGGACUACCUCAAAUCUGAGGCCUGUGGUUGCCGAGUUUCCGUGGAUUUUAGCAGUGUUGAGACUCUUCUUUGUUUGGUACGUAGCGUAUUAACAAGUAAGCCUGCUUGCAUGCUUAAUAAACCAGAAGUCGAUCAUCUCACCACGCUGAUUUUAAAGGCUUUUAUGUUUACUGUUCCAUGUCAUGUUGAGACUAAUGCUGUUUUAGGAAAGUGUGUAAUAGUACCUGUGAAAGGUAGAAGAGUUGCGGAUUCUACAGUUCUUCCUGGACUACUCAUAGAAACAACAGAAAUUCAUUUGGCAAACCCGCUUACUGUCAAAAGAACCUGUUCAAACCUGGUCAAGGUAGCCCUCUUCUGUGUGUCCAUGGCAGGAGACCUGUCCAACCCUGAGGAAGGAACUAUAACAGUCCAUCACGGAAUUUCUCUAGAAAUGUUGGAGCUGAAUCAGUUGCUUAAUAUAGGAAAGCAGCUGGUUAGUGAUGAGGUUGGCCUUGUAGUGUGCCAGAAAGUUAUCCAUCCAUCUCUGAAACAGUAUCUGAAAGAGAACCAUGUCAUCGCUCUGGACAGAGCUGGGCUAUGUCUGAUGGAACCCCUGAGUCAGAUGACAGGUUCAAAGCCUAUAGCUUCCAUACAUUUGUUGUCUCCUAGUUGUUAUGGCAGUUUGAAAGAUGUAAGCAUUGAGAGUUUUGCUUCAAAACAUUUUGUGCAUCUAAUUCCGAAGGAUACAGUUGUCUGCAGCUUGAUACUCUGUAACAGAAAUGAAACAGCAUGGGAUGAAUUGAAGCGCGCCUGUGAAACUGCAGAACAUGUGCUGCAGUUAACAAUCAAGGAACCUUUGGCAUUGUUAGGAGGCGGCUGUACAGAAACUCACUUGGCUUCAUACAUAAGACAUAAGAGUUGUAGUUUGUCCGCCAGUAGUUUUAAAGACAUGGAUUGUUCUCGGACACAAUACCAAUUGGUUGCUGAUGGUUUUUGCCGUUCCCUGGAGUCUGUAGCUUGCUCUCUGAAUCAUGAUGGUGGAGAAAUACUUACAGACACGGUUUAUGGACACUGUUGGUUUGUUCCAUCAGGUUUUCCCUCUGUCUCUAAUUGGUCAGAUUUAGUUUCAAAAUGUGGCUGUGGAAUUAAUGGUAACACUGAGAAUCUCAACUGGAGGCUUUUGCAAGGCCAGUUUGGCUCCCCUGUUAUACAGGGCUGCCCUGAAGCGCCCUCAGUAAAGGUCGUGGACUUUCUGACGUUGGACUGUUUUGUUGCAAAGUGUAGUGGCCUUCAGGUAGCUCUGGAGACAGCCAAUCUGAUUUUGGAUCUCUCAUACGUAAUUGAAGAUCAAAAUUAGCUCUGAUCUUAUGUGAAUUGUGUUGCAUGGCAAGAUAGUUGAUUGAAAGCAGGGUAAUAUAUAAAAUGUUAAGAUAUUUUAAAUGGUUAGAAAAUGGACAACAGACAGAAAUUUUAAAUCAAACAGUUGGCCAUUAAGUACCCUUCUGAUUGUUAAUCUACUGUGCCCUCCCACAUUUUCAAAUAUUUAACAUUUGUUAAGAUGGUUAAAUGAUUAGCCAAAUAUACAGUGAAUCACAGUAACAUAUGAGUAUUCAAAUUAGCAUAUUCAAACGAGCGAAUGACACUUCAAAACUUGUUUCUUGUGUCCUGGGAGGUUUGAAUGUUCUCCUUCAGUAAAUGAGUGCUGAAUUUAAGGAACCCUGGAUGAUAUUCCCUCUUCAUUAAGCAAAGUUUUGGAUGUUUCUGUUAGCUCUUGUGGCAUCUUCAAAGGAAGGGGAAAAUGGAUUCACUUGCUGAGAAAACAUAUGUUAAAGAUUAGAAUUUGUGUAGUCUCAGCAAAAGCUUUACACAUUCUAACACUUUUAUAUUGCAGCAGAACUUCAUCACUGGUAUUUUUAAUUUUGUAGGUAAACAGAAGGCUUUCCUUAGCAAAUAUCUUGAGCCACUUCUUUUCGAAUUUUGUUUUGAAGAUCUUGUCACCAUGUACUAUAUGCGCUCUCUGUUUCUAAGAGACUGGAAGAUUUUAAUUCCUACGUAAUUUAUUUAGCAAAUUAUUAAAACUCAGCCUGGAGAUCUUAAGGUAGGAGGGUAGAUAAUGGAAGAUUUGAAAAUAAAUGGCAGACUGUAGAAAACUCUCUAAAGUGCACCUCGAUUAUCUUCUGUAGAAUACAGGACAGUUCAUAAAUAAUGAUGUUUCUAUCGUUUCAGCAAAGCUGCAAGAAAGAACGUCCCACUUACCAUUCAAUUAACUCUUUGACUGUGCGUGGCUUCUCUUCUUUUAAUGAAGUAAAGUUUUAAGCUGCUCAGGCUUGUUUUGAUCUUUAAAUAAGGCUGUUGACUGAAUGAUCGAAACUUCUUCUCAUUUUCAGUUUGCAUGCAAGAUCAAAAGGGGUGUUACAGUUUCUUGCUUAAACUCAUUUUCUUUCCCCCUUUUCUUCUCCCUCUUUGUUUUCAGUCACAAGGGACAGAUUGUUUGGCAUGCUUUUCCAGAAAACAUCCGAGUUACAGACUAGUCUGCUUAUUUGUUUCCUUGUCUCUUAAGUUUUUCAUAUAUAUUUACUGAGUAUGAGCAGUGGAAUUGUCUUGUAUAACUCAGUUUUGAAAUAUGUAAUUAAAAACAGAUCUUUCCAGA